GAACCGAAUUGGCAAAUACCUCCUAAACGUGACCCACUUAAGCCAAAAAAAAAAAGCUCUUUUCUUCUCCGUUAGGUUACAUUGUUCGAAGCCAAAAUAAACCUCCAAAUCGAUCCAUAAUUCUCAGUCCAGUCUGCUACUUCUUGAUUCGAUUACAGUUCCUUUGUUCUUCUUUUGCUUUCAAGCAGCUGGUUCACAAUUGCAUUUUCCAGUUUCUAAAGAAUGUCGAAAUUGGCGGUAGAUGUUCCUCCAAUGGGUGGAUUCAGUUUCGACCUCUGCAGAAGAAACGAUAUGCUGGCAAAGAAGGGAGUUAACCCUCCCUCCUUUAGGAAAACCGGAACUACAAUUGUUGGUAUAGUUUUCCAGGAUGGCGUCAUUCUUGGGGCAGAUACUAGGGCAACAGAGGGUCCCAUAGUUUGUGAUAAGAACUGUGAGAAAAUUCAUUAUAUGGCACCGAACAUUUAUUGUUGUGGAGCAGGAACUGCUGCUGAUACUGAAGCAGUAACAGACAUGGUCAGCUCACAGCUGCAGUUGCAUCGCUACCAUACUGGCCGAGAAUCAAGGGUUAUUACAGCAUUGACUCUUCUUAAGAAGCAUCUUUUCAACUACCAAGGUUAUGUAUCAGCUGCUUUGGUCCUUGGUGGGGUUGAUUGCACUGGGCCUCAUUUACAUACUAUAUAUCCCCAUGGAUCAACUGACACAUUGCCAUUUGCUACAAUGGGUUCUGGUUCUCUUGCUGCAAUGGCUAUUUUUGAAUCAAAGUACAGAGAAGGCUUGAAUAGGGAUGAAGGUAUAAAGCUUGUUUGUGAAGCGAUAUGCUCCGGUGUCUUCAAUGACUUGGGAAGUGGAAGCAAUGUUGAUGUUUGUGUUAUAACAAAGGGACACAAGGAAUACCUAAGGAACCACAUGUUACCAAAUCCACGUACCUAUAUCAGUUCAAGAGGGUACACAUUUCCAAAGAAGACCGAGGUCCUUCUAACAAAGAUUACACCAUUGAAGGCUAAAGAGGAAGUUACUGAUGGGGGUGACGCGAUGGAAGAGUGAAAAUCAUCAGCUUUUGUGGCCUUUGGGAUGACAGCAUCUCUUGUAAUUUGCUGUUUCAAAACCUCAAUGAGGAAUGAAUUCUGAACCUUGUUUUUCAUACAAGCUUGCUAGGUUUGUUGCAGGAACUUGAAUAUUAUGGAAGCAGUAUUGCAAAUUUCCUGGCGUUUGUUUCUUUCUGGGUUGAAUUGAUGUGGGUCUGAUUAGAGUUCGAAUACAAGACCUCGUAGUCCUACCAUCUUUAAAAAUGCAUGAAGAGAGUUGAACUUGGGUUUCUGACA